AUGUCUCACUCCUCCUCGGCGUGGCUUGGUCUGCUGCAAUUGUGCACCCACAAGGUUGAGUGCGAGGGCGACGGUAAUUUUGGUCUGCGUGAGGACUCGGACAGCUUCAACGACAGGAUGAAGGGCAUAAAUAUGCAGGAAGCGAGGCGGCGAUUUACGUCGAUGGAGGCAUGGGAGCUUCCCAAGCACCCCAGCGCCAUUGCGCCAGAAGGCGUACGAACCAACCCGGACAUGGACCCCGUGCCGGUGCCAAUGCGGACUUGGUCGUUGUGGACUAUCCUGGCGUACUGGAGUACCGACCUUAUGAACCUCUCAACUCUACAGACCGCCGGAUCUAUACUUGCUGUCGGACUCAGCUGGCGAGAGGCGAUUCCCAUCAUGUUCGUCGGAACAACGUGUAUCGCAAUAGCAAUGGUCCUCAAUGGAGCCAUAGGAAGUCGUCUACAUGUCCCCUUCAGUGUCAUUGCUACGGGUAGCUUUGGGUUCUACUUGAGAUACUUUGCCAUUGUCAGCAGAGCCAUCCUUGCUAUGUUCUGGCUGGGUGUACAGUGCGUCAACGGGAGUGUAUGUGUGACGAUCAUGCUGAGUGCGUGGGCUCCCUCUUACGGACGGAUUCCGAAUGCCCUACCCGAAUCGGCGGGCAUCACCUCCAUGGGAAUGUGCUCAUUCUUCCUCUUCUGGAUCAUUCAACUGCCGUUGUUACUCAUUCACCCCACUAAACUUCGACCGCUCUUCUACGUCAAGUUACUUGCUACUCCAGCUGUGGUUUUAGGGACCUUGGGAUGGGCUGUCAAACAGGCCGGUGGCGGGGGUGAUAUCUUCAGGUUGCAACCUGAGUUCUCUCCAGGGACUUCCAAGUAUGCCUGGCUUUGGCUGAGCUGCAUGUCGUCGGUCUCGGGACAGUGGAGCACGAUGGCAAUCAAUAUUCCGGACUUCUUGCGCUAUAGCAAGUCCAGGAACGCUCAAAACGUCCAGCUCAUAUUUGUCCCUAUCGUUUUCACCUUGUGUGGAACCAUGGGUAUUAUUACCACUUCGGCCACGAAAGUCUUCCAGGGAGACGGUGAUUACCUUUGGAACCCGCUCGAUAUAGUCAGUCUUUGGUUGGGAAAUGGCUCAGGAGGACGCUGUGCUGCCUUCUUCGGGGCUCUGGCAUGGCUUAUUGCAACGAUCGGCACCAACGUCACGGCAAACAGCAUCAGCGCAGCCAACGAUCUGACUGUCAUGUUCCCGCGCUACAUCAACAUUAGAAGGGGCAGUAUAGUCGCUGCUGUGAUAGGUGCCUGGGUUAUUGUCCCGUGGAAGAUUCUUGCCAGCGCCGCUACGUUCUUGAACUUCAUGGGGGCAUACGCUGUCUUCCUCGCUCCCCUGAGUGGUAUCAUGGCUGCUGACUUCUGGCUCGUUAAAAAACAACGAUACGAUCUGCCCGACUUAUACGACCCUCAUGGUCGCUAUAGGUACAUCGCAGGCUGUAACUGGAGGGCAUUUGUUGCUUUCAUUGUGCCUGUUGCCCCCAACUUGCCCGGGAUGGCUUUGGCAAUCAGUGGCUACCCUGCGGUCCAGAUCUCCGAGGGUGCUCAGAAUCUCUACAGCUUUGAUUGGCUUUUUGGAUUCGUCGUCUCGAUAUUCCUGUAUACCACACUGAGCUGGGUUGUACCUGCAAAGGAGACCUUGGUUGAGCAGACAAUCUUGACCAGGGGAGACGGAAUCGAGAUUGAGGGAACGCGAGACGGUAGUGACAUCGAGAACCCAAAGGUGCCCGAGAAGGUGUUGACCACAGCGGGAGAUGGUCGUCACACUCCUGAAUCGAGAGGCCUUAACGGAGGAACUGGGUGA